CACACACACACACACACACAUGCAUUCAGUCCGCCGCUCUCACAGACACCAUUAGCACGGCUCUGUGGUGGAAAUAGAAAGCUAGAGCUAAAGAGAGAGAGAUAGGAGAAUUAAAGGAAUCAGGAAGAGAACCAGCAAACUAUUCCUCAGACUACAGCAUGCAGCAGCAGUGGGUGUGUCUGGCUUUACUGGCCCUCCUGACUGUCACAGUGACGCUGGCAGAUGGUGGAAAAACAGAGAGACAAGGUAAGAAAGAGCGUAAAUCGGACUGUGGCGAGUGGCAGUGGAGCGUGUGUGUGGCUCACGAGGGUGACUGCGGCCUGGGCACCAGAGAGGGCACACGCACAGGCACCGACUGUAAACAGACCAUCAAAACCCAGCGCUGUAAAAUCCCCUGCAACUGGAAAAAGCAGUUCGGAGGUGAGUGUAAGUAUGAUUUCGAAGCGUGGGGAGAGUGUGACUCGACCAUGGGAAUGAAGACGCGCACCGGUGUGCUGAAGCGAGCGCUGAUAGACGCUGACUGCCAGAACACCGUCAGCAUCACCAAACCCUGCGGCAAACCCAAGACAAAGCUACAAGAUUCACAGAAACCAAAACGUGAAGGAAAGAAGAAGGAGCGAAAGCCGACAGACUAGAGGAGAAGCUCUUCUGCUCCUCUGAGAUGAUGCUGCUCCUUAUUUACUCCACAGUCCUUUUAGAUCAUUUGUAGCUUUCAUUUACAGCUCACAGAAUAAUUCAGAAAUGAUCAAAGAAACAGACAAAUGACUAAAAUCUUCUGCUGAAACUUCUAAUGUUGUACCAGCAAUUUCAGAUCACUGAAGGAAAUGAAAAGUCCCUCCACUAAAAGAAAAGAAAAAUUCAGAAUGAUGUAUUAAUAUCAUCUGAUGUUACUGUAACAUCCUUUACAAACAGGAAGUGAGAAAUAAAGAAAUGUAUCAUUUAAAAGUUCUAAUUAGAAUUCCGCUUCCUGUUCAGAACCACAAUUCAAAUUCAGACAGUUGAAGUUCUCAAUUCAGCCCUGAUGGAGAACGGAAUAAAAACAUACUAAUACUUGAAAUAAAUGUAACACAAUUUCCAGAAAAUAAAGAUGUUGAUUAUA